UCAGCGCCCCAGCGACAACGCAACUCCUUACCAUUUUGUUUUGGACCCAACUGCUUAAUUGGAACUCCUAGAGUUUCUCUCUCUCUCUCUCUCUCUCUUUAUAUUCUAUCAAUGGCUGAUUCAGAUCGCUCUUCUGAUGAUAGCUCCGUGGAUUCUCGAGGGGAAAGCAGUGAAGACUCAAAGCUGGAGUUCACAGAAGAUGAGGAGACAUUAAUUGCUCGAAUGUAUAAUCUGCUUGGGGAGAGGUGGUCUCUAAUUGCUGGGAGAAUUCCAGGAAGAACAGCAGAGGAGAUUGAGAAGUACUGGACCUCAAGAUACUCCACAAGUAGUGAAUGAAGUUAUCUUAGUAGCAACUAUAGCGAUUUUUUGGGGAAUUGCUUCGGUAGAAGCAAUUAAGUUUGGUUCUUAGAUACUUCGAUCAUGUUACUGUUUGGCAUCCUCUUGAUCCACUACCUCCUCUCCUAUGUAAUCCUCCUGGAGAUGUAUUGGACUUCCCUUUUUUGUUUUCUGUUAGCCAAGUUGGGUCGUGGAUGUAAUUGUGUAUAGUGGCUUGACUCAUUUUGAAACAUGAGGACGGAAUUUUAUUAUAAUCUUGUUUCCAAA